UGUGUGGUGGGUUGGGUGACUGAUGUCAGAUUCCCGGGGCCGCAGAGGUUUAGCCACAGUAAUAUAGUGUGAGCUGAAUUCUGGGGAACAGGUAGGGUGGAAGGGGCAGCUAGAUGUGUACAGUACUCCAUGAAAGAACAGAAUAGGUGUGCUUCACAGGAACGGGAAGAUCCACCUGGCUGAAGCACGAGAGCCAGGGAAAAGUGACACAGUAGGAGGCUGGUGAGGGCACUGGAACCAGACUGUGCAGUCUUUUAGGCCCAGGAAGAAAAUGCUAGGCUUUGUCCUAAUGGUAGUGAGAGGCCAGUGAGAGAGUUUCAAAUGGGAGAGAUGGUCCAAGAAGAAUGCUAGGGGAAGAGUGGAGGCGUGAGGACAGGACUUCAGGGUGGGAAGAGGAGCGGAGAAGGAGGUGAAGGGCUGGUCAGAGAAACAAGAAGAGUAGAAACCACGAGGGGGCGUGGUCAGCAGAGUAGCCAGAAGGCUCUUGACCCUAGUGGAGCAGCUGCACUGCCCAGGCAGGACGCACCCCCUGGGCAGGCAGAGAGCACUCUCUCCAGCUCUUAAGGGGAGCAGGAGCUUCACUUGCAGAAGAGGACUGUGAACCACUGCAGAGGGUGGAGACCCAAGGAUGUGGAUGGGGACACUUGCAUUGAAUUCUGCCCCCAGUCUUCUGUGUACAGAAACAGAGCGACCAGGUUUAUAUAAUUGAUUUGAUCACUGUGGCUGCCUGGCAGCCCCUUGUAAGUUGACCCUAACAGAAGAUUCUGUCGUAUUAAGUGUCUCUGGAAGGGCGUUUUAAGAAUAACCUCUAUUUUCAUUUUAUAUAUGGUCAGUCCUGGUGCCCAGAUUAUGUAAGUGAUUUCUCACAAAGUCACAGUUAAAAUGUUUGAGACUUUUUCCAUAGGAUAGAAAUUUUAUUUGAUGUUUCUACUGGAUUGUCCAGAUUUUUAUUUCAAGACUUUUGUACAUUUUAACAGAGUGAAAUAAUGAAACAUAGAAAGUGCCCCCCCUCUCAAAAGCUGCCAUUAGUAGUUUAAUUUCCUUGGCGUGGUAAUCCUCAAUGGAGGCUGUCAGAGCUUGAAGGGAAGGCCCUGGUUCUGCCAGUUCGUGAGCCUUUAUUACUUUUACGUGGAUUUAGUCUUGUCUCCGUGGACCCAGAGCUUGCUUCUUUUCCCUGUAAUUUUUAGUUUAUGGGGCUCUUUUUCCUAGAGAGCUUCAUGCCGUUCCCCUUUUUACAAAUUGCAACUUGACUGUCUUGGUGGGUUUUGGAGGUGAAGCACCUGCAAUCUUUAGACUUAACUGUUGCUGAUUGUUUUAAUCACUGUUGUUUUAUGGAGAAACCUCUAAACCUGAAGUCAGAUUGUUGCAACUUUGUUGACAAUCCCUUCUCUUUCAUUCUGGCGGGAGAGGUGUUAUGGGCUGAGCUUAGACCGGUGGCUGCUGUUGCUCAUUCAGAACCAGCACCUUGGUGCCGCCUCGAGCCUCGAGGUUGUAGGUCUGUCUUGUGACGUUUCGGGCACAUGGAGUAGAUUGAAGAGGGAUCUGUUUGCUCCUGUGACUGCACUUCACCCGCUUUGUACCUUACACAGUGACAGUUCACACCUCUUUGCGUGGCCUGGAUCUGUAGACUCCUGUACCUCUUCUUCUAGAGUGUCCAGAAAGUGUUCUCUUUUACACCAUUGAUAUAACUAUUUUGUCACAUAUUAGGAGAGGCUUCAAGAGAUGAUUGUCAGGAAAAGUACCUGAGGAUCAGACAUCAUUGCAUCUCACAAGUGUCUGUCAACCUUUACUUGGUGUGGACUCAUCCAUCAUGUAAUGCUGGUGAAGUAAUUGAGUUACCUGACAAAGACUGUGCAGUCUGUUUAACUGAUGAGGAGCAAGGCUUUGUCUUCCUGUAAUUCUGAAGUGAAGUGGAGUCACCCAACAAGAAAAAACUAAGUCCAGUUAAAUGAUAGGCGUUAGUGACAGAAUGCUGAAACAGACCUCUGGAUUGGCUUCACUGGCUCUCCUGCUUUUGCAUCCCAAAGCAUAAGCUUACAUCGUCUCAGAAGGACAAGGUCCGCCAGUUUAUGGCGUUUACUCAGGCUGGCGAGAGCACUGCCAUCUGCUGCUUAACGCAGAAUGAGUGGAAACUAGACGUGGCCACAGACACCUUCUUCCAGAACCCAGACUCGUUCCACAAGGACUCCAUGAGAAACGCCGUGGACAGGAAGAAGCUGGAGCAGCUGUAUAACAGGUACAAAGACCCACAAGAUGAAAAUAAAAUUGGAAUUGAUGGGAUUCAACAGUUUUGUGAUGAUUUAAGCCUCGAUCCUGCCAGUAUCAGCGUUUUGGUUAUAGCAUGGAAAUUCAGGGCAGCGACUCAAUGUGAAUUUAGCAAAAAGGAAUUUGUAGAUGGCAUGACAGAGCUUGGGUGUGACAGCACGGAGAAGCUGAGAGCCCUUCUGCCAAAGCUGGAGCAAGAGCUUAAGGACACAGUGAAGUUCAAGGACUUGUAUCAGUUCACCUUUUCCUUUGCCAGGAACCCCGGGCAGAAAGGUCUAGAUUUAGAAAUGGCUGUUGCAUAUUGGAAUUUAGUAUUAUCUGGAAGGUUUAAAUUUUUAGAUCUCUGGAACACCUUUUUAUUGGAACAUCACAAAAGGUCAAUCCCAAGGGACACUUGGAACCUUCUGCUAGAUUUUGGAAACAUGAUUGCAGAUGACAUGUCUAACUAUGACGAAGAAGGAGCGUGGCCUGUUCUUAUAGAUGAUUUCGUAGAGUACGCACGGCCAGUAGUCACCAGCGGUAAACACAGCCCUUUCUAGGUGGAAGAUUCAGGUGGAUUGAGACGAUAAAAUGCACUGCGUCCUGCAGGGAGGCAUGUGGCUCAGUUCCGUGCACAUGGUUGCUGGUUUCAGAAGUCGUCCUUGAUGGGUCCUGAGAUGGGAUGACCCCUCACUGCUCAAGGGAGGUGGAGCUGGUCUUGGCCACUGUCAGGAGUUCCUCAGAAGGUGGCUGCUCUGGAGUGUCUGGAGACGGGUCACAUAGCUGUUGCUUCAGGAGAUUUCUGUGUGAUUUUAUGUUUAUGAAAAAGUACCCUAGAGCCUGUUUGCAGGACAGCAGAGCAUGCUGUAAAUUCAUGAUUUAGAGUGAACACCAGUAGUCACCACACUCCACUGAGUUAUAUUGUAAUUACACUUAGAAAACAGUAUUUUUGUCCUCAGUAGGAUGUUGUAUUUUUAUAAAGUCACAGCUAUUAAAAUGUGCCCUGAAGAAGAUGAUCUUAUCAUGGAUUCUAAUGUUUUUUAACCUUGGUGCCAGGAAUUCAAGAUUUAUAUAUAUAAUUGUGUGUGUGAGGAAGAUUGGCUCUGAGCUAACGUCUGUUGCCAAUCCUCCUCUUUUUGCUGAGGAAGAUUGGCCCUGGGCUAAUGUCCAUGCCCAUCUUCCUCUAUUUUGUAUGUGAGACACCACCACAGCAUGGCUUGAUGACUGGUGUGUAGGUCCACGCCCGGGAUCCAAACCUGCAAAACCCGGGCCGCCAAAGCGGAGUGUGCAAAUUUAACCGCUACGCCACCAGGCUGCCCUGAGAUUUGUGUUUUUUGAAUUGUCAAAUAUCUAGAUUUACCAGAUCUAUUUUUGUUUUAAUUUCCUGUAGACGUUCAUCUGAAGAUCAUUUUAUCUUCAGUUUGCACAGCGAUGGCACACAUACAGUGUGACUCCAGGAAGGUUUUCUUUUAAGCUGUUUAUAAGUCAGCAGGUCUAUUUUCCUAAUAAUGUCAUUUAAACUUCCUAAGAAGUUUCAUAAAGGAUGUUUUUUUAAAAAAUGUAUUUUAUUACAUUUAAAGAGACAUUUUUCCAUGAAAACUAUUUCUUUUAUGAGUGAUGAAUUAUAGAUUUGAAAAUCAAGUGAGUGUGUUCCUCUCAACUGUCUGUAAUACCCUUCAUGUCCCCCCCAGCCCUUUGUGUGGCCAUACACAUUUGGAAGCUAAAAUAUACAUCACUGUCCAAAAAAAACCCACCCGGAACGUUCACCUCGUUUGCAAGCUGACGCCUGUCUCCGUCGCAUAAACACCUGAUCUCUCUGGCGUUGGCCUUGUCGGAGAGGCCACCCCUUGCGGCAGAGGCCGUGUUGUCUGGGGCAGGGAAGCCUGCUGUGCUGCCUGCUCUUUGUUUGGAAAAGCUCUGCAUGGUUUUGAAAAUCACUGUGUGGACCCUACCUCAUAUUUAAAAGAUCUUCACGUCACCGGCAUGCCUGCAGCCCAGCUUACAAGGCAGGUGCGUUGGGUGGUUUCACGGGAGAGAGCACAUUCGCUUCAGAACAGACGGUGUGCCUAAAACGUGUUGUUCGAUUUGCCUUCCAACGUGAGUCGUCAGUGCUGUGGGAGGCGCCCGUGUCCCAGAGGAGGGGUAUGUGUACUUGCUGUGUGUGGACUUUACACUUCCAAGAAGAAAUCUCUCAGAAGGCAGUGGGCCUCAAGGGUUGGGCAGGGGCUUGAGGCCUGCAGACCACAGGCUAGGCUGGUGCAGGACCAGUGAGUCAGGUCACCUCCCCCGGCCCCUGUGUCCACAUCUAAAGAAGGGAAAAAGGCCAUCUCCACCUGCAAGUCUGUGACUCUAGGAGAGCAUUUAUUUUAUAUAAUAAAAACUGGAUUUAAUAAAAACCUCAAUAAUUUUAAAGCAUCCUUCGAGGCCUCAUGGAUUCUUGACAUGUAAGUGUUCUGUUCAGAGAAGGUUCUAGAACUCGGAUAAUCCUGUAUAGAUUAUGGAGGUUUGCGAUGCUUCUAUUCGUAAGAUUUACGGUUUAUGGGGAGAAAAUGUUCUGUGGAGUUGUUUAUCACUAGGUAUCAAAACAUCAGUAAUUUGGGCCGGCCCCGUGGCUUAGUGGUUAAGUGUGCGCGCUCCGCUGCUGGUGGCCCGGGUUCGGAUCCCGGGCGCGCACCGACACACUGCUUCUCUGGGCAUGCUGAGGCCGCAUCCCACAUGCAGCAGCUAGAAGGAUGUGUAGUUAUGACGUACAACUAUCUACUGGGGCUUUGGGGGUAAAAAAAUAAAAUCUUAAAAAAAAAAAACUAAUUGGAUAAAGGCUCUUCAAAAAAUUGUUUCUUUUUCUUCUGUUACAUACAUUUAAGUCGUGCAUGCUAUGAAAGUGCCAAGAACUUCAGAAACAUUAAAAUAAAUUAUUUUCUCUAGUGUU